CAGACCAUGACGUCGAACGAGAGCGACGCUCAAAAGCAACUCGAACUGGUACGAAAUUUUUUGGAACUAUCCCGUAGUGCGGACACAUGUACGGCGCUUCGUAGCUCGGACUGCAUCCAGCUGCUGGUGCAGAUUCUGCACUCAAACGAUGCUAUAACCACAGCCCGGAGAUGUGCCGGCCAGGCACUGCAAAAUAUUGUCCACAGUAAUCCAGAGGAGAAGGAUCGUCAGCGCGAGAUCAAAGUAUUGCGAUUACUCGAUCAGAUAUUGGACUACUCGAAUUUUCUGCGCACGCAAUUGCAAAGUGGGGGCGAGGCAAUAGCAGAUGAUGAGGAUCGACAUCCGUUGGCGGCAAUUAAAAUGCUGAUGAAGGCCAGCUUCGAUGAGGAGCAUCGCCAGACCAUGUGCGAGCUGGGCGCAUUGAAGGCCAUACCGAAUCUGGUGCAUUUGGAUCAUGCGGUUCAUGGGCCGGCGCCGGGACGGGAACAGUGCAACUCGCUACGCAGCUACGCCCUGAUGGCGCUCACCAAUCUCACCUUUGGCGAUGAGAAUGUGCACAACAAGGCGUAUUUGUGUGGUCAGAAACAGUUCAUGGAGGUUGUCAUUGCUCAGCUGGAUACAGCACCCGAUGAACUGCUGCAAGUGGUGGCGGGAGUGCUACGCAAUUUAUCCUGGCGAGCCGACAAGAAUAUGAAGACAAUAUUCAAUGAGAUUGGUACGGUGACUGCACUGGCACAGGCGGCCAUGAAGAACAAGAAUGAGAAUACAUUGAAGGCCAUUCUGUCGGCACUGUGGAACCUGUCCGCCCACUGCAGCACCAACAAGGCAGAGUUUUGUGCCGUGGAUGGAGCGCUGGCAUUUCUAGUGCGCAUGCUCAGCUACGAGGGACCGAGCAAGACGCUCAAGAUCAUUGAGAAUGCUGGUGGUAUCCUGCGUAAUGUGUCUAGUCACAUUGCCGUGUGUGAGCCGUACCGCCAGAUAUUGCGGGACCACAAUUGUUUAUCCAUACUGCUGCAGCAGCUGAAGUGUGAGAACAUGACUGUGGUGAGCAACUCCUGUGGAACCUUGUGGAAUCUGUCAGCUCGUUGUCCGCAGGAUCAAAAAUUCCUACUCGAACACAACGCCAUUCCACUCUUGCGUGCUCUGGUCACUUCCAAGAAUGCGAUGAUUGCCGAGGGCAGCGGCUCAGCCUUAAAAAAUCUCAUUAAUUUCCGCGCAGUGCUGGAGCUGGCACCCAAACAGCAGCAACAGCAGCUGGAGAAUAUUAAUGGACAUGCCGACACAUUACCCAGACGUUACAGUUCUAUGCGUCUAAGUAACAAUCCCACCGGUUCCCUGAAAAAGGUGCGCGCCUCACCACCAGUCAGUGGCACAGCUACACUGCCACGCAAAUGCGAGAGUCGUGAGUCCAUUUACUCCGACUCCAAGCACUCCAGUAAGUCGGAUAGCGUAUAUGAACAACGUAAGCUGACCAGUGCCAAGAGUCAUUUCGAAAUGGCGCCCACAGAGGAGCAGCCCAUCGACUAUUCGAUGAAGUACAGCGAGCAUGAGACCAAGCCGACGACAGCCGGUGGAAAAAAUGGAUUUGAUAUUGAAAUGGAUCAGCCAACAGAUUUUAGCGUACGCUACAAUGAGCGUCCACCACCUUCUCAAGCGGUCCUAACACAACCUUCCAGCGAGUGUAAUAGCGAAAUUUUGCUUAUACUCGAUGAGAAUGCCUCCACAUCGACGGUGUCCUGUGAAGCACAGCCCUUGGCUAAAUCUGCAUCUGCCUGUGAACUCAACUCUACAGCUCCUCAACGUCCAAACACGUUGCGGCUGCGCACCAAUGCGAUAGAGAACUUGGCAACGCCUGCACCGCCACAACGAAAGGAUAAUGCCAAGUCCAAUGGUUCGCAUACGCCAGAGCUGGGUGAACGACCCACGAACUACUGUGAAGAAGGCACGCCAAGCUCUUUUAGUCGGUAUGAUUCGCUAACAAGUCUGACAGAGAAGGGCAUCACCAAAUUUGAGGAUCGGAAGUUGUCUGGUAAUAUUGGCAAGCCCAUGAAUCAAGCAUCCAUGGACGCAGCGCUCGAAACGCCGCUCAUGUUUUCUAGACGCAGCUCUAUGGAUUCCCUCGUGGACGAUGAGACCAUUACUUGUGAAGACGCGGGCUCAGUCAUUAGUGACUACAGCCGGCUGCAGAGUGGUGUUAUAUCGCCCUCGGAGCUGCCGGAUUCGCCAACACAAUGUAUGCCGCAGUCACCGCGUCGCGUAAAUAACAAAAAUGUGCAUCGAGCCCAGCCCACACAAGCACCUCAGCAAAGGUCCCAGGAGCCGCCGUUAAAAUCCAAUGUGUUCGAGGAUAAGGUAAAUUCUUUUCAUGUGGAACACACGCCAGCUGUCUUCUCAACAGCCACCAGCUUGAGCAAUCUCAGUGUGCUAGAUGACAGCAAUGUGAAUGUAAAUGAUGAUGUCAAUGGUAACCAACAAAACUCCAAGGAGGAUGAACCACGCAGCUACUGCACCGAGGAUACGCCCGCAAUUCUUUCAAAGGCCUGCAGCAACAGUAAUCUAUCCAUGCUCUCCAUGCCCACGGACACUAAUGGCAAUGAACAACAGCGGCAGCAAUCACUGAAGCAACAUGACCAAGAGCAACAACAUCCUUCACUUCCAACCACCGUUAGCCACACUGAGGAUGCCAUCUCUAAGAUGCGUUGUGGGGGCAGAGCCCUGCCCAGCUACUUGCCCGUAAGAGAUGAGAUGAACAAGUACUUUGUCGAGGAUAGUCCAUGUAAUUUCUCCAUAAUCUCGGGACUGUCCAACUUAACCGUGGGCUCGGCACAAGUGGGUCCCAUAAGUGCGCUGAAGGAGUCCACAGGUGCAGAGAUGCCGCCCAAGUUGCCACCGAGGCGUGCCACCUUGAAUGUGGAGCCGCGUCUGCCCCCCAAACGUAGCGAUUCCCUCAGCUCAUUAUCCAUGGACUCCGACGAUGAUUCUAACUUGCUAAGUCAGGCCAUUGCAGCGGGCAGCACCAGACCGAAGGCCAUCCAAACUGCUAGUCACACAAACACCUUACCCAAGCCAACUGGCAGCAGCCACACUGAUGGAGCUGCCAGCAAUGGCCAGCGACGGCAAACAAUGCUGUCGGCUAAUGUGGGCUCCAAAACUGAUUAUAGCUCUGACGAUUCGCUCGAUGAUGGCCAGUCCAAGUCGUUACUCGAGCAAUGCAUACUCAGCGGCAUGCACAAAUCCAACGACGCCCUGGAAGUCGAGCCGAAGCCCAUCGCCAAGGCCGAACAAUUGUUAACGAAGUGCCCCAAUGCGGACGUGACUGAUAAAUCUGCGAAUAACGAACGUUUUGUGAGUAAUCAGGUACGUCACAUCGAAUCUAUGCUGGCCGGACGACCUCCAGCAGCUUCGAGUAGUCAAACAGCAAUGCCCGCACAGCAGCAACAGCAAAGUCGUCACCAACAUUGGGUUUAA